AUGAUUCUGUAUAUUUGUUUGUUGUCAAUCACCCUCAUCACAACAGCCAGGUGGAAAUCUUUCGUUUUGUCGAGGACGCAGGCGCCCUCGUGCACCUAAAAACUGUAACGCACCCUCUACUGCACAGCGUGAAUGACAUCGUUGCUGUUGGAACAGAGCACUUCUACGCCACAAUUGACAACUACUUUCACAAUCAUGCUCUUAGUUUCCUGACUGUACUUUUGGGUCUGCCCUGGUGCAAUGUGGUGUACUACAGUCCAGAGGAAGUGAGGGUGGCAGCUGAUGGCAUUAUGUCCGGAAAUGGGAUAAAUAUAUCUCCUGACAAACGGUAUAUUUAUGUUUCUGAUAUCAUGGACCAUGACGUUGAUGUUUAUGAGCGACGAGAUGGAGAACAGUUGGUCUAUGUUAAGUCUGUAGCAGUUGGAUCGCUUUGUGAUAACAUCGAGGUGGACCACAGGACAGGAGACUUGUGGCUUGGUUGUCAUCCAAACGGCAUGAAGUUUGCAUCGUUUAAUCCCGAAGAUCCACCUGGCUCUGAGGUUCUCCGGAUAAAGAACAUCCUCUCAGAUCAGCCAGUGGUGACCUUGGAGUACGGAGAUGACGGCCACGAGCUGAUGGGCUCCAGUGUUGCAGCUCCCUACGAGGGAAAGUUGCUUAUCGGCAGCGUUUUUCACAAAGCCUUGUGCUGCAAUUUGAAAUAAACUGAUUAUUAUAAAUUUA